UCACUGUCUUGGAAGCUUUUGUUAUUUAUUUUCAUGUCAAUUUUGUUAGUCAAUAUGAAUUAGAUUCAUUUGGUAAUGGAAUAUCUGUGGCAGACUUAAUCUAUCAUGCAAUAUUUAUCCUCGCGUUAUACUUCCAAAUACUCUUAGCAGUUGAUGCUCUCUGGCAUCGUAAUUCUGUUCAAAUAAUAGCUCUUGUAGUAUUCAAUUUUCUUUCAUUAGCAUAUGCGGGGAUACAACUUUAUCAACAUAAAAUUCUCGAAGACCAAGGCACUGAAAAUGCAACAUACGUUCCGACUAAUCCCAUUUUCCCUAAAGACGAUAGAUAUGCUCCCAAAACAUAUUACGAACCUAAGAUGCGACCAUUAGAGGAUACAAUAAUUGGCAUAAUAUCUGUUUUUUCUGUAUAUUUAGCUUUCAUGUCUUACUUGCUUUCCAAAGAAUUUGGUUGGGAAAACUAUAAAACUUAUUCUGCUGAUAUUCGCAUUCGUGAUGCAUAUUGGAAUCUUAUCAUUUUACAGACUUUGCUUAAAAUGGAUAUAUUCUUUAUUGGUUCUUACGCCAUACAACUUAUACCUUCUCAACGAAUUGGUUAUUAUUCCAAUAUAGUGGAAAUUGUCCUCGUAUUCUUUUUUGGUACUUUCAUGUUGUUAACGGCUUGGUUCUCCUCUGAAAAUGAACAAGGUGGAAGUUCUUAUUUAGGCACUGAUAAUGUGGAAUCUCCUUCUACAAAACGUACAUCAAAGAGGGAAAGUGCUAUUAGACAGCAACAAUUAUUUGCUCAACAACGUGAAAAUGAAAAAGUUAUUUUAGAUUAA